UUUUUUCAGCUUACAACAUGGGACUGUGGGCAGAAACCAAUAUGUCAGACGCAAACAACAUUGCUAUGGAGAAAAACAUAAGCAUAACUGCAGAAAACAGAAGCAGUUCUGAUUUUGACUGGACAACAACCAAGCUUCCAGAGUGGGCAAUUGUCACUGACAUUACAAUGGAAAUCAUACUUUCAGUAUUUGUUGCUAUUAGCAAUGGACUGGUAUUUCUUAUAUACAAUAAGAAUCGAAGUAUCAGGACAAUCACAAAUAGACUAGUGCUUCAUUUGGCAAUGGCUGACGUUCUUGUAGCAGUACCAAGUAUAUUUCCAUUUGACAUAUUAACCAAUCACUUUCCAUAUUUCUUUAAUAACAUGCCGGAGACAUUGUUAACAAUAUGUUGCUAUUGUAGAGUGCUGUUUGGCUCUGGUGCGGGCUUCAUGUCAUUCAUGAUGUUAUCCUCAAUUGCGAUAGAGAGAUACACGAAAAUUGUGCACCCAUUUUUCUACUCAAGGGUAAUGAGAAAGAAAAGAAAUAUGACAAUCUGGAUAAUGUCUGUUUGGGGUUACACAGUAUUGGUUGCUGUAUUACCGACAUUGAUCUGGGGACUCGCACGAUCCAAAAAAUGUUUAUUUAUUCAUUCACUAGGCUCUGAGCAUAGAAAAAUUCUUCAGCUCCACAUCCUAGCAAAUCUCAUCAUUAAUUCAGUGCUUGGUGUGCUUAUAAUAAGACAUAUCAAGUUGAAUCAAAGAAAGGUCACACCUAAUCAGGAUGAACAGAAAAAUGAAAUGUCUGAUAUCUUAGGUCAGUCAAACCCAACACCUUCCACAUCAAGAGAAUGUAAAAAAUCUAAAUACUCCCAGCAAAAAAAUCAUCAAAUGCAGUGUUCUCAUAGUGUUAAAUCAGAUGAGCGAAGUGUUAAAAAAAUUCAAAAUACGACACCAUAUGAAGAAGCUGAACAAAUCAAAGUGAAAUCUAAACUCACCAAACAAGCCCAGAAAAGAAAAAAUACUAAAUCUGGAGGAUCAACUAAGGGAAAUUUUGACUUAACAAUAAAGGAUCGCCGUAUAACAAGAUCCAUGGGAAUAAUCAUGAUAGCUUCUUGGACGUGCUGGCUUCAAUGGUUAAUUGUUACAUCAAGUCUGUUGAAUGGACGUGUCCAAACUAAAUACACAUAUUAUGCCAUUAAAGUAUCUCAGUAUAUUGCAGUUCUAAAUUCUGCCAUUAAUCCUUGGAUUUACAGCCUUUGUCAAAAGUCAAUAAAAGAUGCCGUGAAACAAGUCUUCAUGAAGGCUCACUCGAAAAAUGCCAUAGCAACAAUUGCAACUAUAAGUAAAGAUGAUGAUGCAACAAUUGAGCAUUCAGGAGAACAUUCUGAAGGACAUAACCCUACAUGUGGGAUACAGCACAACAAUAUAGACAUUGAAGUGAACUUGAAUUCAGAUAUAUUGAAUUCAGCUUCAACUACACUUGCCCAAAAACAGGAGACAAAACAAAACUAUCCAAAAGGCCAAUGUGACAUUUCCACAAAUGAUGACAAUAAAGACAAAACACAUAAAAGCCGUUCUAAUAUAUAUAACAUUGAUAUACAAUCAGAUGAAUUUACAUCGGACAAUCUUGUUUAGGUUUAAGGAGAUUGCAAAAAUCCUCACUUUUUAGAAUUGCAGAAGUAAAAUGGUCUUAUGGUGCCUUUUAGAAUAGACUUGAUGCAAGUAGAAAUAAUAUUGGUUUAAGUCAUUAAAUAUUUAAAAAAAUAGGACCCACGGUCCUGUGCUCACACAGUUUGGAACCUUCAGAGGAAUGCAUAUCCUGACUUUCAAACAAAAAUAUUGAUUCGGAUUUGUAGUCUCGAACUUUGAGAAACUUAGACAGCACAGUUGUGUGACCUAGUUUGAUGACCUUUGACCUUGAAAAUUUUACUUAUUUAGAGCUCAGUAAGGUCUUUCGUGAUUAAGCUGAUUACCCUUUGCAUUCGUUUGACUUCACUUCUUAAAAGAGAGCUUCGUCUUCACUCUUUCAAACUAAAAUAAACCUGUGAACUCACCGCGCCAAUCAGUGUUCGUCGGCCAAAUUUGACCGACGUUCUAUAUAUGGUCAUUCUUUCUGACGUCAUCGUUGAGCCCGGAAUUGACCAAUGACAUGCACAUAUUUAAUUAGAAUGCAUUUGGCGUAUGUUUCUUCAAGCUCGCGGAUUGGUGGAAGAAAGGUCAGCGCGUAGGUCAAAAGUGAUUUAUAACCCAAACUGUCACCGGUACCCGUCGUGGGGGCGGGGCUACUAAACUGUAAUAUGGUAUCUACUAGGCAGAGUGUAGUUUAACUUGACUCUGCACGCAGGGUAUAAG